UGGGGUUUGUGUAGUUUUGAUUAAUUCACAGUCAAUCAUCAUGGUUCCGUCAGUCCACGAAUACAUCUUCGGAACUCCCUGCAUCGGCUCAUAUCUUGACCGGAAACUACUGAUACUGCUUCUUGAUGGGCGAUGUAUCAUUGGCACUAUGUGUGCCUUCGAUCAACAUGGGAAUUUUGUUGUUGAGAGUGCGUUUGAAAGAAUUGUUGCUGAGAAUCAGUAUUGUGAUAAGCCCAUGGGUUUGCUUGUAGUUCGAGGGGAUAAUGCUAUGUUUAUUGGGGAGAUGGACCUCAGCUUCCCAGAACUUCCUCCCCAUAUCACUGCUGUCUCGCUACCUCAGAUUCUAAUUGCUAGGAAAGCAGAGUUGGAGUCAUCAGCGCUUAAAAGAACCUUGAAGAAAUGGAUGGAGGAACUGCUUGAUGGUGUUUGAUUGGUUGGAAAGAACCUUGGAGGAAACACCAUGUCCAAUUUCCCUCCCUUAUAUUCUCUAUUU